GAGGGAAAUGCACCGCAAAAAGGUCGCGGUGGCAGCAAGCCCAGAGGAGAAGAGCCACAGCGGCGGCCGGGGAAGGAAAUGCACCGCAAAAAGGGAAAUGCACCGCAAAAAGGUCGCGGUGGCAGCAAGCCAGAGGAGAAGAGCCGCAGCGGCGGCAGGGGAGGG